CAACUGGACGGGAAGUCACGGGAGUGGUUGGUCAGAGCGGCGCAGGGGGAUUAUCAGGCUUUGGCGAAAUUGGCCGCCGAAGAACCUCGCCUCACCCGGCUCAAGGAUCCGACAUCCGGUACGGCGUUGCACUGGGCGGCCAAGCACGGCGACGAGAAUAUCGUGAAGCUGAUCGCUGGCACCUACAAGGAUUACAUCAAGAGCGUCAACGAAACUUCGAACGGGGGCUACACGCCGUUACACAUCGCGAUGCAGUUCGAUCAUGAGAAUAUCUUCAACUUGUUGGUCCAAGUGUACGCCGCGAACCAGGAGAUACGUGACUAUAGCGGGAAGAAGGCGAGACAAUACUUGGUCUCCCAGGAGGCCGCUGUCAGUCAGGACACCUUCCGCAAAAUAAAAGCAAGGAAAAAGCAUGCAGAGAAAGAUCUUGGUUUCCUGCGUAUUGGCUCGCUGAACGUACGCGUGAAACGUACGACGGAAGCGUUCAGCCAGUUCCUGGGUGUGGCAACUAGCAGCGCCAGCAGCAACCACGAGAAGAUACACAAGAGUUGGGGAUCGGCGGAUAAUGUGCAGUUGGAUCAAAAAAUGAUGCCGCCACCAAAGUACGCGCCUAUCAAGAAAAGAAGAAGUCGCCGUGCUCAGGAUUUCAGUUCGUUGCGGGAGCACCAAGCUGCCAGUCAACCGACCACUCCACUUCUUCAAGGAAAAGUUCGAUCGAGUCAACAGAUGCAUCGUCGACCAACCUCCACGACAGCCGUCAGUUCUGCAGUUUCCAAAACGCAGCAGAACAACGACUCGGAUUCGGAUACCGCGUGCGGAUUCGAUUCCGCGUGGAGAGGAUCUGCGCAAUUGUAGACACAACUCCGACGCGACAUCUAUCGCGAAAACUUGAGGCUCAAAUUCAGCGUUUCUCGAUCUUUUCGCCACUCUUUUUAAUCAUUCGUAUGUUAAUAUAAAAUUUUUAAAAAUCUAAUAAUAACUGGAAUGAUUGAAUUAUGUAGAUAAAAUUACGUAUAUAUUUGAUCACUUUACAAUUAAAAAAAAAUUAUAAUACGAGGCGAUUUAUAGAUUGAGAAACACUGCUCUAGUGAAUCAUCGUGUACCUUUGUCUUCUGAUCUCUUUAGAUAAUGAUUUUGAAAUGAUUUUCUAACAGAUCGGUAAAAAGUUGGUGUAGUAUAUU